AUGAUUUAUUCUUUGUUUCUGACUGUCUCACGGUCUAUCACGUUGCCCUCGGGACGUCACGUGCGCCCGCCCAUUUUUCGGAACGCCCUCGCUGUAAGGAUGCCAAGACGAGGAAUCUUCAAUGACGUGCGGGAAAGCGGUACAGCACGUCUGAUCUUCCAGAAGGACGAAGGGAUUCUGAUGGGAAUGCUUGAAACAACCACUGGUGGAACCCUAUCGAUUAACGGCAAAAUUUCUGAGGGAAGCCCUGAACCCUCCACUUCCACUGAUCCGUACAUUAUGGAUUUCCUGAUAGUUGAUGGUGAAGAAGGUACAUCGUACAAACUCGACAAUAUCAAUGUUUUCGUCGAAGGUCGUAGUAUCAGGAUCGAUAAUCCUGCCUUGAAUUUUACUUCUGAACGAAGAGUCAAAGGAGAAAAAGCCGAUGUAAUAAUACAUCAAUACUUGCAACCUGGAAGUAUGGCUUUUGAUCACAAUGAAGUUUAUGUGGGUGCUAUGAAGCUCCAUGUACUGACCAACGAAUGUCCAAAGCAAGAGCAAUCUGACGAUUUUCUCGCCUAA